AGCGACACCUCGUCCAGCACGCAGCUGCGCUCGCAUCGCACAUCGCUUCACACGCGCGCAUACACGCCCGACCUACGCUGCUUGUUCUCUUGCGCCUGCCCCUCGCGCAGCGCUCUUGCACAGCAUGGCCGCACAGCCGAACCAGCACGCCGCAGUGCUUGCCGCACUCUCUGAUGUCGUGACCGUGGCGCCGAGUGGCGCACCGCGCUCGCCCGGCGCUGGCGGUGCCGCCGACGGAAGCUCAGCUGCGUACGCCGGCGCCACACCCAUGGCGCCUGGCGCUGCGCCGCCCGCCGUGCCCACCAAGGACUCGUACGACCCGCUCAGCGGCGGCGCCAUGCCGCCGCGCAGCAUGGGCGCGCGCUUUGCUGCUGCAUUCCGGCGCCAGACGAGCGAGGAGAAGGAGAUCAAGCGCAAGGAGAAGGAGCGGCGCAUGCGCGGCGAGAUGAGCCGCCACGAAAGCAAGAGCAGCCGCAUGGACGUCAUCGACAAGCUUGACAUGAGCGGCAUCCACGGCAGCAGCAUGUUCCACCACGACAGCCCGUACGACGCCUGCAGCCCGCACGCGAACCGCAACAUGCGGCGCGCGCCCGUCGGCGCUUUUGACGCGAGCAUCGACCCGAUGACGGGCAAGCCGUAUGUGCGCGGCGGCGGCGCCGCGGCCUCGUCGCGGCCGGGCGCCAGCGGCAAGAGCGGCAACCUCAGCGAGCUGGCGCAGGGCACCUUGCGCAAGAUGAGCCAGAGCAGCGGCCUCUCCAUCGGCGACGACGUCGUGGGCGUGCCGACGCUCAGCUCUGGCGCCGGCGGCGCGCGUGACGACGACGCCGCCAGCGAGUCGCACAGCAUCAUCGACCGCGACGUCGAGGCGGAGCGCAACUUCCGCUCCAGCCGGCAGGAGUGGGGCAACGAGGGGCGCAGCGGCCGCAGCGACGCCGCCAACCCGCAUGCCGAGAUCUGGGGCGUGGCGUCGGAGCCGUGGCAGGACUUUGCGGCACCGGCCGCACGGCCGUCGCGCAGCAACGGCAAGGGCGGCCUCGCCCCGCCCAGCGGGCCGUCGAGCCGCGCCAGCUCCGUGUACGACAUGGAGGCGGUCAUGACGGGCCGCACGGGCGGCGCGGCGGCCCAGGGCAACGGCGACGACAACGCGCAGCUCGACAUCCCCGGCGUCAGCCCGUUCCCGGAGCGCGACUGGGGCGCACCGGGCGGCAGCGGCGAGGGCCCCAAGCGCAGCAAGAGUCUGAUCAAGCGGAUCAAGGUGGCACGGCAGAACCCUAACGUGCCUGCUGGCGAUGCGGCCGACGUCGAGCUCGCGGCGCUCGACCGUCCGGCGGCGCGGCGCGGCUACUCGGCCGGCCCGGGUCACCGCCACUCGCCCUCGUCGCCGCCUCUGACCACCGACGGCUACGGCAACGGCGGCAGCGGCGUGUCGUCGGGCGUCGGCAACUCGCUCGGCCGCUCCGGCACGCUGCGGCCGCGCGCCGCGCCGCGCGAGAACUACUCGCCGGGCGUCACGCCGCAGGCCAACGGCGAGGAGGCGUCGGACUACACCUCGGCCGGCGGCGCAGCACCCUCGAGCGGCGCAGGCGUAGCGCGCAACAACAGCAUCUUUGGGCGCUUCGGCAAGGGCCGCGGCGGCAAGGGUGCCGAGCGCGGCGAGGUUGCCGUGCGCUGAGCGCGGCUGUGUUCUUCUUCUGAGCCGCGGCGCUGGACUCUCUGCGCCGGCGCGACGCUGUCACCUUUCGAUCAUUUCUUUUGCUCGCCUUCCGUUCGUGCCCGCGUCGACGGUGCCAUACUCUAGCGCCGCCUCUUCUCUUCUGCUCGUUGCUCUUCUCCAAUGCAGCCUCCUGCAAUGCCACGUCUACUCGAGGCGGGAACGAUGCGAUUAGCGAGGGGCAUGUGCGGGGUGACGAUGGGUAAAAGUGUGUGUGAAGGCGGACCGGG